AUGCCCACGCAUAGUCUCUCGACUCUGAUACUUGUGGUGGUCUUCACUGUCACUGCAGCUGAUGCUGAAGUGGACACAGAGUCUCUGUCCUGUCCAGAGCAGCAGCAUGCCUUUGAGGGCUCCUGCUUUGAGUUCGUGGCUCUGCAGCGCAGUUUCCUCAGCGCACAGGAAUACUGUGAGCACGGAGGUGGACACCUGGCCUUCAUCCAGAAUGUAGAGACUCAGCAGUUUCUCCAGGCACAUCUGCUACCAGAGCUGGACUGGUGGCUGGGGCUGGCGCCGGCCUCCUUCAGCCUCGGCCUGGAAUCUGCUGUGGGUCCAGGAACAUACAUUCAAGGUCCCCUGUCCUGGCUGGAUGGCUCUGAUAUGAGCUACUCUAACUGGCUCGGUGAUCCUAUCCCAGGUGCAGGCUGUGGUUACAUCUCAAAAGACUCUGGAUUUCGAUGGGGAACAAGCAGUAACUGCAGCCAGGAGUUCCACUUUAUCUGCCAGUUUGAGUCUGGACAUUCUCUUGCCUGUGCUGACCACAAGGUCAUGCUACAGUGUGGGUCUGGUCAGGUGAUUGAAGUUGGCAACAGUUUUUACGGGAGGAAGACGCUGCAUUACUGCAGAAACAGCCGUUCUCCCUCUGACACAUCCUUACUGGAGAAGUGCGUCUGGGUGGAUGUAGCGGAUGUAGUAUCAGAAUCUAGUGACAAAUCAAAUGGGAACAACUCUUCAGAAGACAAAUCAAAUGGGAACAACUCUUCAGAAGACAAAUCAAAUGGGAACAACUCUUCAGAAGACAAAUCAAACGGGAACAACUCUUCAGAAGACAAAUCAAAUGAGAACAACUCUUCAGAAGACAAAUCAAACAGGAACAACUCUUCAGAAGACAAAUCAAAUGGGAACAACUCUUCAGAAGACAAAUCAAAUGGGAACAACUCUUCAGAAGACAAAUCAAAUGGGAAGAACUCUUCAGAAGACAAAUCAAACGGGAACAACUCUUCAGAAGACAAAUCAAACGGGAACAACUCUUCAGAAGACAAAUCAAAUGGGAAGAACUCUUCAGAAGACAAAUCAAACGGGAACAACUCUUCAGAAGACAAAUCAAAUGGGAACAACUCUUCAGAAGGUAAAUCAAACGGGAACAACUCUGCAGAUGACAAAUCAAAUGGGAACAACUCUUCAGAUGACAAAUCAAAGGGGAACAACACUUCAGAAGACAAAUCAAAUGGGAACAACUCUUCAGAUGACAAAUCAAAUGGGAACAACUCUUCAGAUGACAAAUCAAAUGGGAACAACUCUUCAGAUGACAAAUCAAAGGGGAACAACUCUUCAGAUGACAAAUCAAAUGAGAACAACUCUUCAGAAGGUUCAAAAGAUGGGAAGUCAGGUUAUGGUUACUUCACCAUUCCAUUGUCUGACAUUUCAGCAACCCUGCUGCCAACUAUCCCUCCCUCUAACCACACUACCAUCUCCCAUUCUACCCAAAACAAUAACUCAGUCCCCCUCCCUUGUCAAACCAUUUCUACUGCACAACUCCACCCACCCAGCUGCACCAUUGACCCACCCAUUGGAGAUGUCCUCUCUCCUUUCAGCAUAACCUGCACCACAGUUGAGCCUUUCUGCUGCUCUGGCCCCUGCUCUUUCUGCCUGACCACAGUUGAUGGCAAUUAUAUGUAUUGUGGCAGUGAUCUGGGGAUGAGAUCACUGUUCCUUCCUAUUGGGGAUAAAAAUGAUCACUACAGUCUUGGGCUGAAAGUCAUUGUCACAAAUGUGGUUGGUCAUACAAUCAACACCACAUUGUUUACUCAGGUUAGAGACAGCAGCUGUGACUCUACUAUUCAGGAUCUACAGACUCUUGUGUUACAUUAUGUGACUCAGCUGCAGCAGCAUGGUUUAUUCUCAGCCUCUAUGCUAGUGCAAAUGUUUCAGUCUGUUUCCAGGAGGUUGAACAGAGGUUUGAAUAACAAGGAGGAGAAGAGUGCAAAGAUAAAGCUGCGGGAGGACAUGCUGGCAGAUAUAUGCGAGGCUUUGACCACUGGAGAGCCGCUCAAGAUUCUUAUGGAAGUACAGAUGGCUGCUGAUGUUGUCUUGAGCCUUGUCACAGAGGAGGAUGAACUGACUUAUAAUGCUGAGUGGCAGGCAUGCUGUGUUCUCACCAGCAUUAGUAAGUCACUGAUCUCCAUGGCAACCACUGGGGGAGAUGUUACAGAACUCAUGCAGCAGGCCACCACAACCAUUAUUCAGGCUUCCAGUAACAUCCUUGAAGUUUCUGCCAACACUGAACACCAGCGUGAGAUCUCCAGUCUACUACUCAACAUAACUGACCACAUACAGAGUGCCCUGUUGGCUAAUAAAAGGCCAAACCAACAGCCAGCAUCCCUCACUUCUCCUCUGAUUAGUCUGUAUGUUAACAGGCUGUCACCAGAUAAGCUUCAGAAUCAGUUUUUCAGCUUUGAGAACAACAACUCAGCCAGCUUCAUGCUCCCAUCCUUAGGUCCUGGAAUACUCCCUUCAGUGGAGCCAGUGGAUGUGCGGAUGCUGAGUUUUGGGAUCAACCCUUUUUCCUGGAGUAAAGGUGAUUCCAUACGCGGAGCAGUGGGUGGUCUCUCUCUCACCAGAGAGAACGGCUCUGUCAUUCCAGUUACAAACCUCGGGGAGGAGAUUGAGGUUCUCCUACCAAGUUUGGAAGCUGUGGAUCUAAACAGUACUUCCUUGGACCUCAGAAAGUACAGCACUCUGGCCAUCAAUGUGACCACUCCAAACACAUCUCUGGUUCUGAAGUUGGAACCCUCAGAGGAGAUAUCUUUACAGUUAUACUUGGGCUUCCAAUAUUACCCAAAUGACACUCAUUACAAGGCCAAAAUGCAGCUUCCUCACCUGGAGAACCCACCAGAGGAGAAGUACACAUGGGUGCUUGGCCCCAAGGACACGGCAGUUGAUGCAGGAGUUUACUAUCUUCUCGUGAGGCCUACUGUAGGAGCUCCUGUGAACUCCUCAAAUGCUUCUGUUUACAUCACAUCUUUCACUGCUCAGUGCAAGUACUGGGAUGAGACUAAAACUAACUGGAGUGACUGUGGCUGUAGGGUUGGCCCCCGCACCACAUCACUGUUCACCCAGUGUCUGUGCACCCACCUGACGUUUUUUGGGAGCUCUUUCUUCGUCAUGCCCAACAAGGUCGACCUGUCUCGCACUGCUGAGCUCUUCGCCACUUUCUUCCAAAAUCCUGUCGUGGGUUGUUUUGUUUGUGCCAUUUUCCUCGUGUACAUUUUAGCACUGAUAUGGGCGCGAAGGAAGGACCUUCAGGACAAAGUAAAGGUAAAGGUGACAGUGCUGGAAGAUAAUGAUCCCCUGGCUGAUUAUCGGUACUUAUUGGUUAUCGGCACUGGGCAUCGCCGGGGAGCUUCCACUUCAUCUCAUGUUACAGUGACUCUAACAGGCUCAGUGUGGGAGAGUGAGCCUCAUCAUCUGACUGACCCAGACAAACCAGUGUUUGAGAGGGGAGGGGUGGACGUGUUCCUGCUGGCCACUCCAGUCUCUCUGGGAGAGCUUCAAAGCAUCAGACUGUGGCAUGAUAACUCUGGAAAACAUCCGGCUUGGUAUGUUAACAAAGUAAUGGUGCAGGACCUGGAGACUGGACAGAAGUGGCAUUUCUUGUGCAGCACAUGGUUGGCCAUUGAUAUGGGGGAGGGCACCCUGGACAAAGUGUUUCCUGUAGCAACCGAUAAAGACUUGAAAGGGUUUAGCAAUCUGUUUUUCAUGAAGACCGCCAAAGAUUUCUGUGAUGGGCACAUCUGGUUCUCUGUGGUCAGUCGGCCGGCCAGUAGUAAUUUCACUCGAGUGCAACGUAUUUCCUGCUGUUUCUCCUUGCUGCUCUGCACCAUGCUGACCAGCAUCAUUUUCUGGGGUAUUCCCACCGACCCCUCUGAGCAGAGCUUGGAUGUAGGUAACAUCAAGUUCAGCUGGAAGCAGGUGAUGAUUGGCGUCCAGAGCUCCAUCAUCAUGUUCCCUGUCAACCUCUUAAUUGUAAGCAUCUUUAGAUUCACUCGUCCAAGGAAGAAGAUCCAAAAGGUAGAAGAGGAUCAGCAGCCUAAGUCUGGAUCUCCUCAGCAGGAGAAGAAACAUUCAGAUACCUCCCCACAGUGGUGCAAGCAGACAGACAUUGCUGUGGAAUACGUCAUCAAAGAUAUAAAAAGAAUGCUUUACCAGCUCACUAAGGCUGUGAGGUGCCCCAUUCCAAAGACAACACUGGAAUCUGAUAAAACAGACCUUAACAGAUUAUUAUCUCAUGUGGAAGAUAUCAUUCGACAGCAGGACUUGCACAGAGGUAGAUUUGGUUUGGAAGACACUCAAAAUGAAUUAGUUUCAGUGUACCAGUUCUACCGACAGCAUCUCUACAAGCAGCUCCAGAAUUUGGAAAAGGAGAUGAGGCUGCUGAGCCCUUCACAGUUCUCUAAGGCAGGGUGCUACAGCCAGGCCGUGCUGCAGGUUCUGAGAAUGAAGGGACUGUUAGAACCCCACCUUUCUAUCCAGGACCAUGUCACUCGCAUCUCCAGCCCAGGAGUAGGCCGUAGUGGAGGCAGCAAGAAGUGCUGUCAGAAAGGCCUGCCCUGGUGGUUUUUAUUUGUUGGCUGGUUUCUUGUGGCAGCCACAAGUGGAGUGUCAGCAUUCUUCACCAUUUUGUAUGGGCUGAACUACGGAAAACAACGUUCCAUUAGCUGGCUCGUUUCAAUGAUGGUGUCUUUCUUUGAGAGUCUUCUUCUCACCCAGCCUAUAAAAGUACUUGGAUUUGCAAUCUUCUUUGCUUUGGUGGUAAAGUCUGUUGAUAAUGAUGAUGAUGAAGAAUAUAUUUACAUGGUGAGGAACCAGGUCCUUACUUACUCAGAUGAUCCUGAUGAUGUGCGCAUUUCCAGAAGGGACAGCUCAUGUAGCUUCUACCAGCCUCCUCCUCCUUCUGAUAUUGGGAAGAUGAAGGACAAUAUGAUCAAAGAUCGGAAAGCUUUUGCUUUAAUCAUGGAGAUUCUCAUUUAUGUAUUGUUCCUGUGUGUGUUACUCAUGGCUGCAUAUGGUCAGCGGGACCCGAAUGCUUACUUCCUCACCCAACACAUUCAGCAAAGCUUCAGCAAUGGCAUCUCAGACAGCAUGAGCCAUGAGGAUGUGUUUACAUGGGCAAAUUCUACCCUCCACAAGAACAUCUUUGGACCUUAUUCAGGUUUCAUCACAGAUGGAAACUCAAAGCUCGUAGGAAACGCUCGUCUCCGGCAGGUUCGGGUAAAGAAGGACUCCUGCAGGACGGCCAGUUCCAUGCGCCGCUCUGUUCCUGAUUGCCAUGCUCCGUACUCUUGGGAGGUGGAGGACAUGGGCUCCUACGGUCCAGGUUGGAAGCGUUUGGUAGAUGGAAACACAUCUAAGACGCUGCUCACACCCUGGCAGUACCAAACCCAGUCUACACUCAGAGCACACUCUGUCUGGGGUGGUGUGGCUCUGUAUAGAGGCGGAGGCUUCGCAGUGGUCCUGGGCCCUGACCAGCAAAAUGCAAACAGUGUGCUACAGUACCUAUUUGACAACACGUGGCUGGACAUUUACACGCGUGCCUUAUUUGUUGAGUUCACUGUAUAUAAUGCUAACGUCAACCUCUUCUGUAUUGUGACACUGAUGCUAGAAACCACUGCAGUGGGAGCAUUCCAGUAUCGCAGUGAGCUGCAGAAUGUCCGACUUUUCCAAACGACAGAUGGCAUUCAUAUACUGGCCUCUGAGGCCAUUUAUUUCCUGUUCAUUCUCUAUUAUAUGUUCCUCCAGUGCAAGCUGAUGAAGCAGCAGAAAUGGGAGUACUUCAGGAAUAAGUGGAAUCUUCUGGAAUUGGCCAUCAUCCUUUUAAGCUGGAGUGCCUUUUCUGUGUUCAUCAAAAGGACGGUGCAGGGAAACCAGGAUCUGCAGUAUUAUCAUGACCACAAAAACCAGUUCCCAAGCUUCUAUGAGACGGCUGCAGCAGAUUCAGCCUUAGGGUACAUCAUAGCUUUCCUGGUUCUGCUGGCCACCAUAAAAAUGUGGCACCUGAUGCGCCUCAACGCCAAACUGAACAUGAUCACCUCCACAUUGCAGCGGGCCUGGACUGACAUCUCCAGCUUCAUUGUUAUCAUAGUCAUCAUGUUCUUGGCCUACUCCAUCAUUAGCAAUUUGCUGUUUGGUUGGAAGCUGUACACAUACAAGACCCUUGUGGACGCUGCUAUGGCCAUGGUCAGCUUACAGCUUGGCAUAUUUAAUUACGAUGAGGUUUUGGAUUUGAACCCAGUCCUUGGUGCAUUCAUCAUUGGUUCCUGCAUCAUCUUCAUGUUGUUUGUGGUGCUGAACCUCUUCAUUUCGGUCAUCCUCGAAGCAUUUAGCCAAGAGCAGCGACACCACAAGCCCUCGGAAGAGGAGGAGAUUGUGGACCUGAUGUUUAUGAAGAUCUGCAGCUUUUUUGGAAUCAAGACUAAGAAGAAACAAUAAAAAGGCUGGACUACUGAAAUGUCUGGCCUCCCUGUAAAAAACCCUCACUGGGUUACAGUAUGUUCAAAAUGCCACUGCUAGGAUCUUCACCUUUUCACAAAAAGAUUGACCACGUCAGCCUGGUCCAGUCUUCACUGGUUGCCCAUUGCAUUCCGUGUUCAGUACAAGGUUCUUUUUAUAACAUAUAAAGCUUUGCAUGUUCUGGCUCAAUACUUAGCAGAGCUUCUUUAUCUACACUGUAUUGCCAAAAGUAUUGACUCGUCUGCCUUUACACACAUAUGAACUUGAGUGACAUCCCAUUCUUAAUCCAUAGGGUUUAAUAUGAUCUCAGCCCACCAUCUGCACAGUUCAACUGUUCUGGGAAGGCUUUCCACAAGUGUUAUGAGUGUGUUUAUGGGAAUUUUUGACCAUUCUUCCAGAAGCGCAUUUGUGAGGUCAGACACUGAUGUUGGACGAG